AUGCUAAUUGCAUUCUCGAUUUCUUUGAUCCCGAGAACAUCACCGUAUCAAACCACUGUAACGAGUUCAGUUCUAAUAGCCUGUCUGUGCUUUCAGCUUUUCUACAGGCCUUUUAAAGAUUCUUACAAGAAAGUUCCGUUAGAAAAUACAGCCGAGACCAUCGUACUUUUAAUUUUGCACUUCUCUUUCGUAAACGUCAGGUAUGCGUUGCAAAAUCAAGCUGCAUCCUCGUCGAUUGUUUGGAUGCUAAUUGUUGUUAACUUAAUGGUACUGAGUUUUAUAGUCAUUUCUUUGAUCCUGUUGCUUGGUAAAAGAGUCCCCACACAACCCUCAGGAGAACCAACACAUCAUGCCUCUGGAGCUUCCGGAGAGGAGAGCGCUGUGCUCAUUGAAGAUGGAUCAGAGGGGCCAAGCAAAUGA